ACUUGGCAUCUUAUUUAAUGAGAUUAAAACUCUUUAUGAAACAUGCACUGGGAAUAGCAUUAGAGCAAGUUCCCUUUAUAGUAUAGCCAACUGUUAUAGCUCUAAAAAAUCUACAACUAAUCUAAUAACCUAUUCAUACGAUAGUUUAAUAUAAAUAUAUACUACACCAUUAAUACUUAGCUCAUAUCUCGUACGUACAUAAAAUCAAAUCUUGGACCCCUCCUCUGAAUAGGUAUGUCCACAUUUGUUAGAGAGGUCAAUUCCCUUCUUUUUUUUUUUUUUUUGAAGCGGAGAGAGUAGGGCACAGUUGGCUAGGAAUUCGUAUCCCAUUUUCUCUCCUCUCUUCUCUCAUGUUCAUGAAUAAUGCUUACUAGCAUGAUAGUACUACAUUGGAGUACUUGCUCUUUUAUUUUUCUCCAUUGUCAGCAUGGUCGGUCUACUCAUCCGGACGCCCCGGAGAGUCGACAACCGUUGAUCUGUCCAUCGACGGCGCGGGAUCCGCGCCCCGGACAGUGGUCAAGCCCUGCAGCGACUUGUCAUUCAUUGCGCUUCGGAGUCAACACUCUCAGCAGCAGCAGCAGCAGCAGCAGCCGCAGCACGGGCUAGGCUACGACACUCCUGACGCCUUCUUGCCUUGCACUUCCGCUCCGUCCAUGGCGACCACCGCCGCCGCCGCCAACCUCCUCCUCUUCUCAGCCGUGUUGCUCCUCGCCACGCCGUCGAACGCCGCCUCGGCGGCAGCGCCGGCGGUGGCGGCGAUGCCGGUGCAGCCGCAGGAGCUGCUGCUCAGCUUCAGGUCCUCCCUGAACGACCCGUCCGGUGCCCUGUCGACGUGGUCGCGCUCCACGCCGUACUGCAACUGGUCGCACGUCACCUGCACCGCCGGCGGCGGCGGCGGCGGCGUCGCGGUCGGCCUGUCGCUGCAGGGCCUCGGACUCUCCGGGGACAUCGCCGCCGAGCCGCUGUGCCGGGUGCCGGGGCUGGCGGCGCUCAGCCUCGCGUCGAACACCUUCAACCAGACCGUCCCGCUGCAGCUGUCGCGGUGCGCGUUGCUCGUGUCGCUCAACCUCAGCUCCGCGGGGCUCUGGGGUCCGCUCCCCGACCAGCUCGCCAUGCUCGCCUCCCUCGCGUCGCUCGACCUCAGCGGCAACGACAUCGAGGGUCAGGUGCCGCCCGGCCUCGCCGCGCUGCGGGGGCUCCAGGUGCUCGACCUCGGCGGCAACCGCCUCUCCGGCGUGCUCCACCCGGCGCUGUUCCGCAACCUCACGAAGCUGCACUUCCUCGACCUGUCCAAGAACCAGUUCCUGGAGUCCGAGCUGCCGCCGGAGCUCGGCGAGAUGGCCGGACUCAGGUGGCUCUUCUUGCAGGGGUCAGGGUUCGGCGGCGCGAUCCCCGAGACACUUCUCCAGCUGGAGCAGCUUGAGGUUCUUGACCUCUCCAUGAACAGCCUCACCGGAGCUCUGCCACCGGCGUUCGGCCACAACUUCCGGAAGCUGCUGUCCCUCGACCUCUCGCAGAAUGGCUUCUCCGGGCCGUUCCCCAAGGAGAUCGGCAAGUGCGUGAUGCUGCAGAGGUUCCAGGUGCAGGGCAACGGGUUCACCGGCGAGCUCCCCGCCGGCCUCUGGUCGCUGCCGGACUUGCGGGUGGUCCGCGCCGAGAGCAACCGCUUCUCCGGCCGGCUCCCCGAGCUGUCCGCGGCGGCGUCCCGGCUCGAGCAGGUGCAGGUCGACAACAACAGCAUCUCCGGCGAGAUACCCCGGAGCAUCGGCAUGGUCCGCACCAUGUACCGGUUCACCGCCUCCGCGAACCGGCUCGCCGGCGGCCUGCCGGACACCCUCUGCGACUCCCCGGCGAUGAGCAUCAUCAACGUCUCCGGCAACGCGCUCUCCGGCGCGAUCCCGGAGCUCACGAGGUGCAGGAGGCUGGUGUCGCUGUCGCUGUCGGGCAACGCGCUCACCGGCCCGAUACCGGCGUCCCUCGGCGGCCUGCCGGUGCUGACGUACAUUGACGUGUCCAGCAACGGCCUCACCGGCGCCAUCCCGGCCGAGCUCCAGGGCCUCAAGCUCGCGCUGCUCAACGUCUCCUACAACCACCUCACCGGCCGCGUCCCGCCGUCGCUGGUCUCCGGCGCCCUCCCCGCCGUGUUCCUCCAGGGCAACCCCGGCCUGUGCGGCCUGCCGGCGGACGGCGGCUGCGACGCGCCGGCCGCGCCGCCGUCGAGAAACCGCCUCGCGCUGGCCGCAACCGUGGCGUCCUUCGUCACCGGCGUGCUGCUGCUGCUGGCUCUCGGAGCGUUCGCCGUCUGCAGGAGGCUGCACGCCGCCGCCAAGCUGGUGCUCUUCUACCCGAUCAAGAUCACCGCCGACGAGCUGCUCGCCGCACUCCGCGACAAGAACGCCAUUGGCAGGGGAGCAUUCGGCAAGGUCUACCUGAUCGAGCUGCAAGACGGGCAAAACAUCGCGGUCAAGAAAUUCAUAUGCUCAAGCAACCAAACAUUCGGAGCAGUGAAGAAUCACAUGAAAACUUUCGCAAAAAUCCGGCACAAGAACAUUGCCAGAUUGCUGGGCUUCUGCUACGACUCCCAUGGCGGCGGCGGCGAGGUGAGCGUCAUCUACGAGCACCUGAGGAUGGGGAGCUUGCAGGAUCUGAUACGCGCGCCGAAGUUCGCGGUGGGGUGGAACGACAGGUUGAGGAUCGCGAUCGGAGUAGCAGAAGGGUUGGUGUACCUUCACCGUGAUUACACUCCUCGCUUUCUGCAUCGCGAUCUCAAGUCGAGCAAUGUGUUGCUGGGUGAUGAUUUUGAGCCCAGAGUUACCGGAUUUGGGAUCGAUCGUGUCGUUGGCGAGAAGGCGUAUCGAUCUUCGUUGGCUUCUGAUCUGAAUUACAGCUGCUACAUCGCUCCAGAGGUAAACUGCACCAAGAAACCAACGCACCUCAUGGACGUGUACAGCUUCGGCGUCAUCCUCCUGGAGCUGAUCACCGGGAAGCCGGCGGGGCAGCCGGCGUCGGACGACUCGGUGGACAUCGUCCGGUGGGUGCGGCGGCGGGUCAACGUGGCCGGCGGCGCGGCGCAGAUACUCGACCCCGCCGCCGCCGUCUCCCACGCGGCGCAGCAGGGGAUGCAGGCGGCGCUGGAGCUCGCCCUGCUCUGCACCUCGGUGAUGCCUGACCAGAGACCGGCCAUGGAUGAGGUCGUCCGGUCGCUGCAGCUGCUGCAUUCGCCGCAGACUCUGCCGCCACCGCCGCCGUUCACCGGAGUUGCUGUGGAACCUUGAGUGGAACAGCUCGUCGAGCCAGGUUGCAGAUUACUUCUGCCUCAGGACUUCAGGUUGUGCUUGAGCAGAAACUAGGAUGGGAAUUGAGAUGUUCAGAGUUUCAGACUUGCAUUGUUGUACAUAGUUUGGGAUUCUGAUUGACAUUGGAGAAGGAAUCCACUUAGUAUAAUAAUGAGAAAUAAAUGUGGGUUUAUUCUGCAA